AUGAUUGGCAUCGCUCUUUUUGGAUUAGGGCGUGCUGGAAGAAUUCACUCUAAAAAUAUUCUGGCUAAUCCUAAAUGCGUGCUUUUAUAUGCAGUCGAUCCUUCCCCGUCAGCGAUAGCUGAAUUCAAAAGCUUAAUUCCACCAAAUCGAGAAGAAAUUAAAUACAUCAAUUCUACCGAUGAUAAAGCUAUAAAGUGCAUUUUUGAAGACCGAUCUGUUACAGCCAUUUUCGUUUGCUCUACAACUGGGAGCCAUUACGCAAUUGCCAAAUGGGCUAUCGAAUCCGGAAAGGCCAUUUUCUGUGAAAAACCUAUCAGUGUGGAUGUGACUGAAACUGAAGCUCUUUAUCGUCUUGCCUUCGAAAAAAACAUCCCCCUUCACUGCUCCUUUAACAGGAGAUAUGACCCUCAGAUUAUUGAGAUGCACGAGACCCUAAACUGUGGCCAAAUGGGAACAAUCCAUGUCGUAAAAACUUGCAGCCGUGAUCACCCUUGUCCUUCAAUCGAAUUUCUACGUGAAUCUGGAGGGUUCUUUCAUGACUGUGCAUCGCAUGACCUUGAUAUGAUUUGCUGGUUGAUUGGUGCCAUGCCAGAACGAGUCUAUGUAACUGCCUCGGCCCACUCAAAAGAGAUUGCCGAAUUGAAUGACGUUGACACAGCUGUAAUUGUUCUCAAUUUCCCUCCCCUAACCAAGAAUCGUCCGGGACCUAUUGCGAUCGUUGAUAUCUCACGACAUGGUGUAUAUGGUUAUGAUCAACGGGUUGAAGUCCUAACCGACGGAGGAAUGAUUCGGUCUGAAAACCAGCAAGCAGAUGGAGUUGUCUUGAAUGCCCCGAGCGUAACCAAGUCGGCGCCGAUUAAGACGUCUUUUCCCCAGAGAUAUUACUAUAGUUACUUGAAUUCUCUUGAAUGCUUCAUUGAUACCGUUCAAGAAAGGAAACAUGCGGAUAUUAGUGCCUGUGAUGUUGUGAAUAUCUCCCGUUUGGCGCAUCUCUGUGAAAAAUCUUUCAAAGAUGGGCAGCCUCAUGAAUUUAGACCUACUAAGUUAGAUUUUUAA